AACAUAAAAAUAUAAAAUAAAAAAAAAACUUCUGCCUCUCUUUCUGAGCUUUAUCUGUUCACAUAUUGGUGUCCUUUUUGAGUCUCCAAAAGUUUUGCUGUGAAUCUUAUUUCUGUUUAUAUGUAAACCUUCCAUAGAUAUCAAAAAUGGACAAAUGGAGUACAAUGGUUGCGGGAAAGGUCACCGGACCAUCAGUAGAUGUUAAAGAAUAUUUGGUUUGCCAAUACAACAACGCGAUCUCACCUAAAGGCUUCUGGAAAGUUGAUCGUUUUAUUUUUGAUUAUUCCUUACCGGCUUUACUCUUCGACGUUGUUUUAAUUGUUUGGACAACGAGGUUUAUUUACUUUCUUUCAAAGCCUUUUCAACAGAGUAUGAUCACAGCACAAGUCCUGGCAGGUAUAUUAUUAGGUCCAACCAUUCUUGGUCAAUGUGGGAUAACGUCCAGAUUAUUCAAUCCAGGAGAGAAAGUUUUUCUCGAAAUGAUCGGAAACAUGGGUUUCAUGUUUCAUCUAUUUACAAUUGGACUUCAGAUGAACAUCAGAGUCUUUAGAAAGGCAGGACAUGGGGCAAUUUUCAUUGGUGGUUCAUGUUUUGCUAUACCUUACCUACUUGGCAUGCUCACCUUAGUUACUCUAGGAAGUUUAACCCCCAUAAAUCAAGACAUAUCCGAUUCUCUUCCCUACGUUGUUGCAGUCAAUUCCAUGUCCACAUUUCCUGUCAUUACCAGCCUCCUUGUAGAUUUGAACAUUCUUAACUCCGAGGUUGGUCGUUUGGCUACUUAUACCUCCGUUGUCAGUGAUGUCUGCAGCUUGACUUUGAGUUUGGUUAUGACAACUAUGGUUCAUAACUUCCAUAAUUAUAAAUUAGCAUGGUUCUGGUCUUUUUUCUGCAUUUUCACAUUUUUUAUCUUCAUCAUUUAUUUCAUCCGGCCGUUCAUAGUCUGGUUAACCAGAGACACAAUGGAAGGACAGCAGCUGGAGGAUCACCAAUUCGUUGUCAUUGUUGUAUUGAUCUUGUUGUCUGCUCUUGUUUCUGAGGUUCUUGGCCAACAUUCUGCUUUUGGACCACUUAUUUUGGGGCUUUCUCUACCAGAGGGACCACCAUUAGGAACAAGUUUGGUUUACAAGCUUAAUACCUUAUGCACAGGAAUAUUCCUUCCGGUUUUCUUUGCCAUCAGCGGCCUGCGUAUGGAUUUCUUCUCGGUGGUUGGUGGAAAAGGAAUUUCUCUAGGAGUUGUGGAGUUGAUUAUCUUCAUGGGUUAUGUUGGGAAGUUCGUUGGAACUUUUGUGCCUGCAAUUUUUUGCCGUGUACCUUUUUGGGAUGCUAUUUCUCUCUCUCUCAUUAUGUGUUGCAAAGGUGUCAUUGAGGUUGCCACAUAUAAUAUGUGGAACGACAGCAAGGUUUUAGACGACCUAUCCUUCACACUUGUACUAUUCACAAUGAUGAUUGUAACUGGGUUUGCAAGACCCACAGUGAAUUACCUCUACGACCCAUCAAAAAGAUACACAACCUACGGGAGGAGGAGCAUCCUAUACUCCACAAACAAUGUCCAGCUCCGAAUUCUAGUCUGCAUCCACAACGAAGACAAUGUUCCAACAAUCAUAAAACUACUUGAAGCUUCAAAUCCUACAAGACUCAACCCAAUUUCAGUCUAUGUCCUACAUCUAAUGGAGCUCACAUGCAGAGCAGCAGCGAUACUAGUUCCUCAUCACAACCUCAAAAAAAACACAACCAAAGCAACGACAUCGGAGCACAUCGUCAAUGCAUGCAGCAUCUACGAGCAGCAACACCAAGGAACCGUGGUGAUGCAACAUUUCGCUGCCGUGGCUCCAUACUCGAGCAUGCACAACGAUAUCUGCACUCUGGCUUUGGACAAGAGGACGAACAUCGUCAUCCUUCCCUUUCACUACCACUGGACUUUUGAUCGAAACGAAACCGGAUCGACCGCCCGGUCAAUCAGAAAAGUCAACCUUAACGUGGUCAACAAAUCUCCUUGUUCUGUGGCAGUUUUGAUCGACCGAGGUCAUAUGAGAGGUACUCAAUCCAUAUUGAAUUCGAUAACGGAUUCGUAUCGAAUUGGAUUACUGUUUUUAGGAGGUCCCGAUGAUUGGGAAGCACUGGCCUAUGGAAGAAGAAUGGCGGUUCAUCGAAAUAUCGACUUCACUGUCGUUCGUUUUCGAUGCCUUGAGGAACAAGGCAACGGCAAAGAGAAGAUGGUGGACAACGAAUUGAUCUACGAUUUCAAAAGCAGUGUUGGAGUUCAAGGAAAGGCAAAAUUCGUGGAGAAGUUUGUGAAAGAUGGAUUGGAAACCACCGAGGUGAUAAGGUCGAUGGCGGACCGUUUCGAUUUGGUUAUGGUGGGGAGGUACCAUUCGCCGGAGUCUCCUUUAAUGUUGGGGUUGAGCACCGAAUGGAGCGAGUUCCCAGAACUCGGGGUGAUCGGAGAUAUACUGGCGACUUCGAAUUUUCGGUUCUCGGUUUUGGUGGUGCAGCAGCAGCCUCAGGAAGAAGGUCUGCUGGCGGCUUUGCCGUUAAUGGAGGCAACAAGAGAACCUGUCGUAGAUCAAAGGAUGUAUUUGAGAUAUUUAGAUAGUGCUGAAGAUUGUACAGUACUACCAGCUGCUCGUUAUAGAAAUGUAGGUAAUUUCUCUGCUGCUGCUGCUGCUGGUGGUGGUGGCGGUCGUGAUGAUUUAAGCCCAACUCGCAGAGAGUAGUAAAAUAUUUAAUUCUUUUUUUUAUUUUAAUUAGAAAAUAUCAAGACAAUUGUACAUUUUUAAUAUUGUCUCUUAGAUUUUUACAAAGAAAAGAACGAACAUACACCAAUCUUAACCUUUUAAUCACAAACAAUAAUAUAAAAGGAAAAUAUAUACAGAU